AAUUAACAUGUUGUAACUGUCAGAACAUCACAAACGAAACAUUACCACAAUGGACGGGCGGUGCUACAUCAUCUAUGUUGGCGGAAUACCGGUGUACGCGGAUCUUAAAAUCGAGCGCAAAAUCAGCUCGGUAACACGUCACUCGCCGGAGCUUUUUUUUUGCUAAACAUCAGUUAGCCAACAGUGAGCAUCCCCUGCACAAAGAUGUCUCUUUUCUUGGAAAAGUGGAGGGUUUCUUCUUUUUACCUUAAUGAAAACUGACCAGCAGAGGAUGGAGCCCACUGUCCUUCCUUCAGCAGACUGACACAUCCAGCAGGUAGACGGCGCCUGCUGCAUCAUGGGAAGGAUCAGCUUCUCCUGCCUCUUCCCGGCCUCUUGGCAUUUUAGUUUGUCGCCCCAGCUUCUCCCUCGGAUUCUGAUUCCUUCCUUCAGACAGCUGAUCUUCAUCAGCCUGGUCUUCUGCCUCAUAGGACUGCUGUACCUGGUACUGGUCAUUGGAAAAGGUCAUGUCAGCUGGAUCGCACGGGAAAACCACUUCCAUAGGCACCUUGCGAGGGUCACAGAUGUGGAUGUGACAGAUACAAGCAACCCAAACCUGAACUAUGGUCUGGUGGUGGACUGUGGGAGCAGCGGCUCCAGGGUGUUCGUGUACUGCUGGCCUCGGCACAACGGCAACCCGCACGAACUGCUGGACAUUCGCCAAAUGCGGGAUCAACAUCGUAAGCCAGUGGUCAUGAAGAUCAAACCUGGCAUCUCAGAAUUGGCUAAAACACCAGAGAAGGCCAGUGAUUACAUCUACCCACUUUUAAGUUUUGCAGCUCAACAUAUUCCCAAAAACAAGCACCAGGAAACACCCUUGUAUAUCUUGUGCACAGCUGGAAUGAGAGUCUUGCCAGAAAGCCAACAAGAAGCCAUUCUUGAGGAUCUACGCACAGAUAUCCCAGUCCACUUCAAAUUCCUGUUCUCUGAUUCCCACGUAGAAGUGAUUUCUGGAAAACAAGAAGGUGUCUAUGCAUGGAUUGGAAUAAACUUUGUGCUUGGAAGGUUCAAUCAUGGGGACAAUGGUGGGGAAGCUGAAGUGGAGGUUCAUGUCCCAAGUAGCGAUCAGCAGGACACACUGAGGAGAAAAAGGACUGCUGGUGUUCUGGACAUGGGAGGUGUCUCCACACAGAUUGCCUAUGAAGUGCCCAAAACUGAAGAAGUUGCCAAGAACUUACUGGCAGAGUUCAACCUGGGAUGCGACGCACACCGCACUGAGCACGUUUACCGUGUUUACGUGUCCACCUUCCUGGGCUUUGGAGGAAACGCAGCGCGCCAAAGAUACGAAGAAAACCUCAUCCAAAAAACCGUCAUCCGAAACAAGCUUUUGGGCGAGCACGUCGGUGAGACGGCGGAGUCUCCGCUGCUUGAUCCUUGUCUUCCCACCGACCUGGAGGAUCAGAUUGGAACAUCCACAGAGAGGCUGUAUCUACGAGGCACGGGAGACUUUGACCAGUGCAGACAGAUCCUCCAGCCCUUCCUCAACCGCACCAACGACACUCAGAGCUCCCUCAACGGCGUCUACCAGCCGGCUAUCGACUACAGCAACAGCCAGUUCUACGGCUUCUCUGAGUUCUAUUACUGUACAGAAGACGUGCUGCGCAUGGGUGGGGAUUAUAAUGCUUCCAAAUAUGCAGCGGCUGCCAAGGGUUAUUGUGCUACCAAGUGGAAGACACUGCAGGAGCGCUUCGAUUCUGGCUUGUACGCGUCACAUGCAGACUAUCACAGGCUAAAGUAUCAAUGCUUCAAGUCUGCUUGGAUGUAUGAGGUUUUCCACUCAGGUUUCUCUUUUCCAACAAACUACAAGAACCUGAAAACAGCUUUGUUGGUUUAUGAAAAGGAGGUUCAGUGGACUCUUGGGGCAAUACUUUACAGAACACGGUUUUUGCCUCUAAGAGACAUCCAACAAGAGAGUCUUAAAGGAACACAUUCCCACUGGCGUCACAGCUUCUCCUUCGUCAACAAUCAUUACUUAUUCCUUGCUUGUUUCUUCAUUGUUUUGCUUUCUAUCAUCCUGUACUUACUGCGCCUGCGCCGCAUCCACCGGCUGGCAGUGAAGCGCUACACUCCCUCCUCUGUGCCGUGGUUGGAAGAAGGCCUCGUCACGCCGAUGCUUCCCAUCACCCUCUGAGAGCUGUAGUCAGUAGGACAUUGUUCUGGGCUUUCUGAAGCCAAGUUUCAGUCGUCUUCUUUGAGGUUUCUGCACUCCACAAUGUGUGUUGACAAUGGAAUCAAUAUUGACAAAACUGUGGAAAUUCUUUUUUUUAAUCAAUUUUUAAUUUACAGUACAAUAUACUUUGUGAAAAACAGCUUUCCUAUAAAUGUAUUUAUUUAUAGACCAUAUGGUACUUUUUUAUUAUUGUUUGACUCAUUUCCCAACUAAAUAUCAGAAGUGAAAUUUCACAUAGUUACUCAAAUACAUCAUAUUUACACAUUUAUUUUGAUGUUUUGUUUGGGAUAUUUGCCUUUCUUUAUGCCUUUUCAUAUGAAUGAUUCUUUAGACACCAAUACACAGCAUAAGAAGCACUUGCUGUUUUUGAAGAAACCUUAAAUGCAGUAUGACUUGUGUUUGAAGCACUUUGCAAAUGCAUUCAAGCUGGAUGGAAUGUUUUAUGUUCUGUGUGCACGUUUGUCUGUUUUGCCCGUUUGUGGUGCAAGAUGAGAGCCUGUAAAGCUACACUAUAGUGCAAUACACAUCUUGUCACUGUCUCAAAGUUCUUUUAUACUUGUCUGCCUUUCAGCCAAGAGAAUCUCUCCUUUGGUCCUGCUGAGAAUGUUGGAUCUGUCCAACUAAGUUUGGAAUUGUCGCAUUUUAUUUAAGUUGGGCUUUUGUUUUGAAAGUUGUCAUAUCACUGCUGUGAGGAGAGUGUAAAUGAAAGCACAUGACUUUAUAAAAUUAUAAAUUAUGCUUCAAAUAUAAAUGUGAAAUAAAUAUUACAAUGGCUUAAAA